AUGGGACCAAAAACGUAUGGACUGCUUCGGAGUUUGGUAGCUCCCGUGACACCCGGUGAAAAGUCGUACGAAGAUAUUGUGACUGUGCUAAAAGACCACUUCACUCCGAAACCGCUUGUUAUAGCUGAACGGUUUAGAUUUCACAAGCGAAAUCAGGGGGAGGGGGAGACAAUAGCGCAGUACGUAGCAGUGCUAAAAAGACUGUCAGAACACUGCGAAUUCGGGGCUUAUUUGGAAGACGCACUAAGGGACAGAUUCGUGUGUGGGCUGAAAUGCGAAGCUGUACAGAAGCGCCUAUUGACAGAGGAUAAGCUCACGUUUAAAAGGGCAGUGGAAGUGGCAGUGUCAGCCGAGACAGCAGCACACGACGUACAGCAGUUGAGCAGCUCCCUGAAAGUGAAUGCGGUGUUCUCCCAAAGUGAGAAAUGUCGCCGCUGUGGGAAAGCAAAUCACAAUGAUGACAACUGCUGGUAUAAAGACCGCGAAUGUCACCAGUGCGGGAGGAAGGGCCACACGAAAUUAAUGUGCAGAAGUAGUAAAUCAAAAAGUAACAACGAGAGAGAAUACAAACAGAAAGGGGGAAAGCAUGAACAGAAAAACAGUAACAGACGCAGUGGGAAAGAUAAAAAGAAAAGGAUACAUCACGUCGAGGCGAAUGAAAGUGAUAGUGAGGGAACAGGAUCAGGCAGUGACAGUGACUUGGGACUGUAUGCAGUGUCACAGAAGGGCAAAUACUCACGCAUAACAGUAAAACCAAAAGUCAAUGGGAAGAGAAUGGAGAUGGAGUUGGAUACAGGGGCAGCUGUGUCACUCAUUCCAUACGAACUGUACCAAAGAAAACUGCAUAAAUUCCCUCUGCAACCCACUGGUAUUGUCCUUAGGACAUACACAGGAGAGCCAUUGGCACCUGAAGGCGUAAUUACAGUGCAAGUAGAAUUGAAUAGGCAACAUGCUGACUUGCCACUGUAUGUGGUGAAGGUGGAUGCACCACCAUUGUUUGGCAGGGAGUGGCUGAGAGCCAUCAAAUUGAACUGGCGAGAUUUAAAGACUGUACAUGCAAUUGAGCACAGAGAGACAGACAGUUUAGAGGCAGUGUUAAAGAGACACUCCGCUGUUUUCUCUGACAAAUUAGGCACCAUGAGAGGAGUGAAAGCCAGGCUCACUCUCAAACCAGACAGCACACCCAAAUUCUGCCCACCACGCAAUGUGCCCUAUGCUCUCCGACCGCGAGUAGAAGCCGAGCUGAAACGCCUCACUGAGCUAGGCGUCAUCUCACCAGUGUCGCACAGUGACUGGGCAACACCAGUGGUGCCCGUAAACAAAAAGGAUGGCACCGUGAGACUUUGUCGGGAUUUCAAAGUCACCCUUAACUCAGCUCUGUGCGUUGACAAGUACCCAAUACCACGCAUCGAGGACUUGUUCGCUUCUCUCGCUGGAGGUCAACACUUCAGUAAGCUAGAUCUAUCUAACGCCUACCUACAGAUGGAAGUAGAAGAGAGCUCCAAGAAGCUACUUACCAUCUCAACGCAGAAGGGACUCUUCUGCUUCAACCGUCUGCCGUUUGGUGUAGCGUCAUCGCCCGCCUUGUUCCAGAAGGCAAUGGACCAGGUGCUCCUCGGCCUUCCACACACUCACUGCUACCUGGAUGACAUCCUUGUCAGUGGUCCUGAUAAGCAGACACACCUGAACACCCUGGAUGCUGUCCUGCGCAGGCUAGAGGAGUACGGCCUGCACCUGAAGAAGGAGAAAUGUCUCUUCUUCCAGGAGUCCGUGGAAUACCUGGGCCACAUCAUCGACGCUGCUGGGCUUCACAAGUCACCGGAGAAGGUACGUGCCAUCAUAGAAGCACCAGCACCAGCCGACAUAAGUCAGCUCAGAUCUUUCUUAGGAAUGCUGAACUACUAUGGACGCUUUAUCCCUGACCUGAGCACAGUUUUACAACCGCUGAAUGAGCUACUUAACAAAGAGAAAAAGUGGCAGUGGACAUCAGCCUGUGCGUCAGCGUUUCAGCAAGCAAAGACACUUUUAACAUCGCAAGAGGUGCUCACUCAUUACAACCCUGAGCUGCCUCUCCGUCUUGCUUGUGAUGCUUCACCCUAUGGGGUCGGAGCUGUGCUCUCCCACGUCAUGCCGGAUGGCAAAGAAAGACCAAUUGCUUAUGCAUCGAGGACCCUGAGUAAAGCUGAGCGUAACUAUGCUCAGAUUGAAAGGGAAGCUUUAGGCAUAGUGUUUGGCAUACGGAAAUUCCACCAGUACCUGUAUGGCAACACAUUCACUCUGCUUACUGACCAUCGCCCACUAACCACCAUCCUCAGUCCAGUGAAAAGUACACCAUCAAUGGCCGCAGCUCGCAUGCAACGUUGGGCCCUCCUGCUUUCUGCUCACAACUACACCAUCGAGUACAGGAAAGGUGCCCUACAUGCCAACGCUGAUGGACUGUCAAGGCUACCACUCCCUCAUGCUCACAGUGAGAAGCCAGGAGCAGUAGACGUGUUCUACACAUCACAGCUAGAGACAUUACCCGUCAGCAGCACUGUGAUCAAGCGCCACACCAUGUCUGAUUCCACCCUGUCUCGUGUCUUGGAAAUGGUCACCACUGGACAUUUUCCAGCAGCCAAGAACACAGGUGAUGAGCUGUCACCCUAUCACCACCGACGGCGUGAUCUAACUGUGCAGCACAGAUGCCUCAUGUGGGGUUUGAGAGUGAUUGUGCCACCCAAGCUGCGCCCCCGUGUGCUGGAAGAGCUACACGCAGCACACCCAGGUGUAGUAAGGAUGAAGAGCUUAGCUCGCAGCUACGUCUGGUGGCCUGGCAUUGACUCCGACAUCGAGCACAAAGCUAAGUCAUGCCACACUUGUCAACGAGUGCAGAAAGACCCUGCUCAAGCACCCUUACACCCGUGGAUGUGGCCAACCAGGCCCUGGGAACGCAUACAUGUGGACUUUGCUGGCCCAUUUGAAGGACACAUGUACCUUGUCAUCGUAGAUGCACACUCCAAAUGGCCAGAGGUACACAUCAUGGACAGCACUACAUCCUCCAAAACCAUCACAGUGCUUAGGGGACUCUUUAGUCGCUAUGGCAUUCCUCACAACCUUGUCAGCGACAAUGGCCCCCAGUUCUGCUCUGAAGAUUUCAGCACGUUCCUGAAAGCCAAUGGAGUCAAGCACAUUCGAUCAGCACCGUACCAUCCUGCUUCCAAUGGCCUGGCAGAGCGCUUCGUGCAAACAUUCAAGCACGCCCUGAAAUCUUCCAGAGGAACUGCUCCAGUGCAACAGCGUCUUGACACGUUCCUCCUGACCUACCGCAACACGCCGCAUGCAACAACAAAGGAAUCCCCAGCCAUGCUGUUCAUCGGACGCAAGCUGCGUUCAAGCUGCGUUCUCGACUGGAUUUCCUGA